AUGGCCGAGCGCCGCGCCUUCGCCCAGAAGAUCAGCAGAACUGUGGCUGCUGAAGUUAGGAAGCAGAUCUCUGGGCAAUAUAGUGGUUCUCCUCAACUGCUUAAAAACCUCAACAUUGUUGGCAAUAUAUCCCAUCAUACCGCAGUGCCCCUUACGGAAGCAGUGGAUCCAGUGGAUUUAGAAGAGUACCUUGCUACUCAUCCUUUAGGUGUGGAUUCUGGACCUUUAAGGGAAUUGGUUGAAUUCCCUCCAGAUGAUAUCGAAGUUGUUCAUAGUCCUAGAGACUGCAGAACCCUUGUUUCAGCUGUACCUGAAGAAAGUGAAAUGGAUCCACAUGUUAGAGAUUGUAUAAGAAGUUAUACAGAAGACUGGGCAAUUGUGAUCAGAAAAUAUCAUAAACUGGGAACAGGAUUUAAUCCCAAUACAUUAGAUAAACAGAAAGAAAGGCAAAAAGGUUUGCCAAAACAGGUGUUUGAAUCUGAUGAAGCUCCAGAUGGCAGCAGCUACCAGGAUGAGCAAGAUGAUCUUAAAAGACGUUCAAUGUCAAUAGAUGAUACUCCAAGAGGUAGCUGGGCCUGUAGUAUUUUUGACUUGAAAAAUUCACUUCCCGAUGCUCUGCUUCCCAACUUACUUGAUCGAACUCCAAAUGAAGAAAUAGACCGUCAGAAUGAUGACCAAAGGAAAUCAAACCGUCACAAGGAACUCUUUGGUUUGCAUCCAUCACCAGAUGAGGAAGAACCAAUAGAACGACUUAGUGUUCCUGAUGUGCCCAAAGAACAUUUUGGUCAAAGACUUCUUGUAAAAUGUUUAUCACUCAAGUUUGAGAUUGAAAUUGAGCCCAUUUUUGCAAGUUUGGCUUUAUAUGAUGUCAAGGAAAAGAAAAAGAUUUCAGAAAACUUUUAUUUUGACCUUAAUUCUGAGCAGAUGAAAGGAUUGCUACGUCCACAUGUACCACCUGCUGCCAUUACCACCCUGGCAAGAUCAGCUAUUUUUUCUAUCACUUAUCCUUCCCAAGAUGUUUUUCUUGUAAUAAAGUUAGAAAAAGUCCUACAGCAAGGAGACAUUGGAGAGUGUGCAGAACCAUAUAUGAUUUUCAAAGAAGCAGAUGCCACCAAGAAUAAGGAAAAAUUGGAGAAGCUGAAAAGUCAAGCUGAUCAGUUUUGCCAAAGACUUGGGAAAUAUCGCAUGCCUUUUGCUUGGACUGCGAUCCAUUUAAUGAAUAUUGUUAGCAGUGCUGGGAGUUUGGAAAGAGAUUCUACAGAGGUAGAAAUUAGUACUGGAGAAAGAAAAGGGUCCUGGUCAGAGAGGAGGAAUUCUAGUAUUGUUGGCAGACGAUCACUUGAAAGGACAACCAGUGGAGAUGAUGCUUGUAAUCUGACCAGCUUUCGACCUGCUACGCUCACAGUGACAAAUUUUUUUAAGCAGGAAGGAGACCGGUUAAGUGAUGAAGAUCUGUACAAAUUCCUUGCUGAUAUGAGAAGGCCAUCUUCUGUUUUACGGAGACUAAGACCUAUUACAGCUCAGCUGAAGAUAGACAUUUCUCCAGCACCUGAAAAUCCUCAUUAUUGCCUAACCCCGGAGCUGCUUCAGGUGAAGCUUUACCCUGACAGUAGAGUUAGACCUACCAGAGAAAUUUUGGAGUUUCCUGCUAGGGAUGUUUAUGUUCCAAACACUACUUACAGAAAUCUUCUCUACGUAUACCCUCAAAGCCUCAAUUUUGCCAAUCGUCAAGGUUCUGCCAGAAAUAUAACAGUGAAAGUGCAGUUUAUGUAUGGGGAGGAUCCAAGCAAUGCCAUGCCGGUAAUCUUUGGUAAAUCUAGCUGUUCAGAAUUUUCAAAGGAAGCCUAUACAGCCGUAGUAUAUCAUAACAGGUCUCCUGAUUUUCAUGAAGAAAUCAAGGUUAAACUCCCUGCUACCUUAACUGACCAUCAUCACUUGCUUUUUACUUUUUAUCAUGUUAGUUGUCAACAAAAACAAAAUACUCCUCUUGAAACUCCUGUUGGAUAUACAUGGAUACCAAUGCUUCAGAAUGGACGAUUAAAGACUGGGCAAUUUUGCCUACCGGUCUCACUGGAAAAACCACCACAGGCUUAUUCUGUACUGUCUCCUGAGGUACCUUUACCUGGCAUGAAAUGGGUAGAUAACCACAAAGGUGUUUUUAAUGUUGAAGUUGUUGCUGUUUCAUCUAUCCAUACACAAGAUCCUUAUCUUGACAAGUUUUUUGCUCUGGUCAAUGCUCUGGAUGAACACAUGUUCCCUGUCCGAAUUGGAGACAUGCGAAUCAUGGAAAAUAACUUAGAAAAUGAAUUGAAGAGCAGUAUUUCAGCAUUGAAUUUAUCUCAGUUGGAACCAGUGGUUCGAUUUCUUCAUCUUCUGCUUGAUAAACUGAUACUUUUAGUUGUUAGACCUCCAGUCAUUGCUGGCCAAAUAGUUAAUCUAGGUCAAGCAUCUUUUGAAGCUAUGUCAUCAAUUAUAAAUCGGCUUCACAGAAAUCUGGAUGGAAAUCAUGACCAGCACGGCAGGAACAGUCUUCUUGCAUCAUAUAUCUAUUACGUUUUUCGCUUACCAAAUACUUCCCCUAAUUCACCAUCACCAGGUCCUGGGGGUUUAGGAGGAUCAGUGCAUUAUGCCACAAUGGCUAGAUCUGCUGUGAGACCUGCGAGCCUUAAUUUAAAUCGUUCUCGGAGUCUUAGUAAUAGUAAUCCAGAUAUAUCUGGGACACCCACGUCACCAGAUGAUGAAGUACGGUCAAUCAUCGGCAGUAAGGCUAUGGAUCGAAGUUGUAAUCGUAUGUCUUCGCACACAGAGACGUCAAGUUUCUUACAAACAUUAACGGGACGCUUACCAACUAAAAAGCUUUUUCAUGAGGAGCUGGCUUUGCAGUGGGUGGUUUGCAGUGGCAGCGUUCGGGAGGCAGCUUUGCAACAGGCCUGGUUCUUUUUUGAGUUAAUGGUGAAGAGCAUGGUGCAUCAUUUAUACUUUAAUGAUAAACUAAAUGCAGCAAGGAAAUCUCGUUUUCCAGAGCGUUUCAUGGAUGACAUUGCUGCUCUUGUCAGUACAAUUGCCAGUGAUAUAGUUUCACGAUUUCAGAAGGAUACAGAAAUGGUUGAAAGACUCAACACAAGUCUUGCAUUCUUUCUCAAUGAUCUAUUGUCUGUUAUGGACAGAGGAUUUGUUUUUAGCCUUAUAAAGAACUUCUAUAAACAGGUGUCUUCAAAGCUUUACUCAUUACCAAUUCCAAGUGUCCUGGUGUCCUUGAGGUUGGAUUUUCUGCGAAUCAUCUGCAGCCAUGAGCACUAUGUUACAUUAAACUUGCCCUGUAGCCUGCUUACUCCGCCUGCAUCACCAUCACCUUCUGUUUCUUCUGCAACAUCUCAGAGUUCUGGAUUUUCCACCAAUGUACAGGACCAGAAGAUUGCAAAUAUGUUUGAAUUGUCUGUGCCUUUCCGCCAACAGCAUUAUUUGGCAGGACUUGUAUUAACAGAGCUGGCUGUCAUUUUAGACCCUGAGGCUGACGGACUGUUUGGAUUGCAUAAGAAAGUCAUCAAUAUGGUACACAAUUUACUAUCCAGUCAUGACUCAGACCCACGGUACUCUGACCCCCAGAUAAAGGCUCGAGUGGCUAUGUUAUAUCUACCUUUGAUUGGCAUUAUCAUGGAAACUGUUCCUCAGCUGUAUGAUUUUACAGAAACUCACAAUCAACGAGGAAGACCAGUUUGUAUAGCCACUGAUGAUUAUGAAAGUGAGAGUGGAAGCAUGAUAAGCCAGACAGUUGCCAUGGCAAUUGCAGGAACAUCAGUUCCUCAACUAACAAGGCCUGGAAGUUUUAUUCUCACAUCAACGAGUGGCAGGCAACACACUACCUUUUCAGCAGAAUCAAGUCGGAGCCUUUUGAUCUGCCUCCUUUGGGUUCUCAAGAAUGCAGAUGAGUCAGUUCUACAAAAGUGGUUUACAGAUCUCUCAGUCCUGCAGCUCAACCGCCUGUUAGAUCUGCUUUACCUCUGUGUAUCUUGCUUUGAAUACAAAGGAAAGAAAGUGUUUGAAAGAAUGAAUAGCUUGACCUUUAAAAAAUCAAAAGACAUGAGAGCUAAGCUUGAAGAAGCUAUUCUUGGGAGCAUAGGUGCUAGGCAAGAAAUGGUGCGCCGAAGCCGAGGACAGCUUGAGCGAAGCCCAUCUGGAAGUGCCUUUGGCAGUCAAGAAAAUCUGAGGUGGAGAAAGGAUAUGACUCACUGGCGGCAAAACACUGAGAAGCUUGACAAGUCAAGAGCAGAGAUUGAACAUGAAGCACUGAUUGAUGGAAAUCUGGCUACUGAAGCAAACCUAAUCAUUUUGGAUACACUAGAGAUUGUUGUCCAGACUGUUUCUGUAACAGAAUCCAAAGAGAGCAUCCUUGGUGGGGUACUAAAAGUACUGCUACAUAGUAUGGCAUGUAACCAAAGCGCAGUUUAUCUACAACACUGUUUUGCUACACAGAGGGCCCUGGUUUCAAAGUUCCCUGAACUCCUGUUUGAAGAAGAGACAGAACAAUGUGCUGAUUUAUGCCUCCGGCUUCUCCGACACUGUAGCAGUAGCAUCAGUACAAUACGGUCACAUGCUAGUGCCUCCCUUUACCUACUGAUGAGACAAAACUUUGAAAUAGGGAAUAACUUUGCCAGGGUUAAAAUGCAGGUAACCAUGUCACUAUCUUCCUUGGUGGGUACAUCUCAGAAUUUUAAUGAAGAAUUCUUAAGACGUUCUCUGAAGACUAUAUUGACCUAUGCUGAAGAAGAUCUGGAAUUGAGAGAAACAACCUUUCCUGAUCAGGUUCAAGAUUUGGUUUUCAAUCUUCAUAUGAUCCUUUCUGAUACUGUUAAAAUGAAGGAGCACCAGGAGGAUCCUGAAAUGCUGAUUGAUCUAAUGUACAGAAUUGCCAAGGGCUACCAGACCUCUCCGGAUCUGCGUCUGACCUGGUUGCAGAACAUGGCUGGCAAGCACUCGGAGCGCAGCAAUCACGCUGAGGCUGCGCAGUGCCUCGUCCACUCAGCAGCACUGGUUGCAGAAUAUUUGAGCAUGCUGGAGGACCGCAAAUAUCUCCCUGUGGGCUGUGUAACAUUUCAGAAUAUUUCAUCUAAUGUUUUAGAAGAGUCUGCAGUCUCAGACGACGUCGUAUCUCCCGACGAAGAAGGCAUCUGCUCUGGAAAGUACUUCACUGAGUCAGGACUUGUGGGAUUGCUAGAGCAAGCAGCUGCUUCUUUCUCUAUGGCUGGCAUGUAUGAAGCAGUUAAUGAGGUGUACAAGGUACUUAUUCCUAUUCAUGAAGCUAAUCGGGAUGCAAAGAAACUAUCCACAAUUCAUGGUAAACUUCAAGAAGCAUUCAGCAAAAUUGUUCAUCAGGAUGGGAAGCGGAUGUUUGGCACCUAUUUUCGUGUUGGUUUUUAUGGAACCAAGUUCGGGGAUUUGGAUGAACAGGAAUUUGUUUACAAGGAGCCUGCAAUAACCAAACUUGCAGAGAUAUCUCACAGACUGGAGGGAUUUUAUGGAGAAAGAUUUGGAGAGGAUGUGGUUGAAGUAAUCAAGGAUUCUAAUCCUGUAGACAAGUGUAAAUUAGAUCCUAACAAGGCAUAUAUUCAGAUUACCUACGUGGAACCGUACUUUGACACAUAUGAGAUGAAGGACAGAAUCACAUAUUUUGACAAAAAUUAUAAUCUUCGCCGUUUCAUGUACUGUACACCCUUCACUUUAGAUGGUCGUGCCCAUGGGGAACUUCAUGAACAAUUCAAACGGAAGACCAUACUGACCACUUCUCAUGCUUUUCCUUAUAUUAAGACAAGGGUCAAUGUUACUCACAAAGAGGAGAUCAUCUUAACACCAAUUGAAGUUGCUAUUGAAGACAUGCAGAAAAAGACACAGGAGUUGGCAUUUGCAACACAUCAGGAUCCGGCAGAUCCCAAAAUGCUGCAGAUGGUACUCCAGGGGUCUGUGGGCACAACUGUGAAUCAGGGGCCUUUGGAAGUUGCCCAGGUUUUCCUAUCUGAAAUACCCAGUGACCCAAAACUCUUCAGACAUCAUAAUAAACUGCGACUCUGCUUUAAAGAUUUUACUAAAAGGUGUGAAGAUGCCUUAAGAAAAAAUAAGAGCUUAAUUGGGCCAGAUCAAAAGGAGUAUCAAAGAGAACUGGAGAGAAACUAUCAUCGCCUUAAAGAGGCCCUACAGCCUCUGAUAAACAGAAAGAUCCCUCAGUUAUACAAGGUAGUAUUGCCUGUCACCUGCCACAGAGAUUCCUUCAGUCGAAUGAGCCUGCGCAAAAUGGAUCUCUAA